AGAAAAUAAUAAUUAUACUAAUAUCAUAUAAUCUAUAUUUCGACACAUAGCAUAUCACCAAGUUUGAGCAUAUUACAUUUUAAUCUAAAGUUACUAUUCUAAGAAAUUAUAAACUAAAACUUCAUUCUUGAUUCUUCUUUGAUUCUUCUUUUCUUCAAAGUCUUCGUUUAUCAAUUUCUUUCUUCAUGCAUCUGUUGCAACUGUUACAUACUUUCAUGCUACAACAUAUUAUAUUAAUUUUCAUCAUCAAAACAUAACAUGUGCAUAAAACAUAACAUGUACAUGCACAACACAAGUGCAUCCACUUCUCUUCCAAAAAGAUUUUAAACUUUUGGUUGUCAUCUUCCAAAUCUAGAACAAGUAAAGAUAUUAUUAGAUAUUAAUGCAAAAAUUCCAACCUCCAUUCAACAUCCAAAUCUAGAUAUUAAGUAAACAUAUAUAUUCUCUUAAAAUCUGGGUACUCAGUGUCCACUUUUUCAUUAAUUUGUCCAAGCUGUGACAAUGUGACCUCUCCUAACCCACCGGGCAGGCGGCCACCACAACUCCAACCUCCAUUCAACAUCCACCCUUUAAUUUCUUACUUUUCAGUUUUCACCACCAAAAAACACACAACCACCCAGAAAAAAAAACAUGCGAGUUUCAGCGGUGAAAAUCCGAGCUUCUCGGCUAAAACUGAUCUUGAUAACCAUCUUCACCAUCUCCAAAAUGAAACGUUAUACAGAGAAGCCCAGAGGAGAGAGAAAGGAACGCGUAGAAGGGAAAGUGGUAAAAGCACAAAUUUGGGACACAGCAGGACAAGAAAGGUACAGAGCCAUAACAAGUGCAUAUUACAGGGGAGCUGUAGGAGCCCUGUUAGUGUACGACAUAACCAAAAGGCAAAGCUUUGACAACGUCCUUCGAUGGCUCCAUGAGUUACGUGACCAUGCGGAUUCAAACAUUGUGAUCAUGUUAGUCGGAAAUAAGUCCGAUCUUAAGCAUCUGAGGUGCGUUCCUGAAAUAGAAGGACAAGUCUUAGCGGAGAAAGAAGGACUUGUUUUUCUUGAAACUUCAGCCUUAGACUCUACAAAUGUUGAGAAGGCUUUUCAAACCAUUCUCUUAGACAUUUACCAAAUUGUUAGCAAGAAAGCAUUAGCUGCUCAACAAGCUGCUGCUUCUUUGCCUCAAGGCACCACAAUUAGUGUUGGGAAUAAUGUCAACAACAAUUUUAACAAGAAGCCAUGUUGCUCUAAUUAAUAUGUAAAUGUUGUAUCAACUUUUUCUUGUUUAUGUUUUUUGUUUUUCACCUCUUGUUAAAGAGUUUUUUCAAGAGGGUUUGUUGAGUGAACAUUGUUGUAAGGUAAGCAAUGGAGAGGAACUUUAUUAGCACCACAUUUUUUUCAAAAAAAAAAAAUAGUAGUGUUGUUGAUAGUGAUCAAAUGUAAAGGGUAAGAAUUAAUGUAUUUAUUGUGAAGCAAUUUGUCAAUUGACUUGUCGUUUUCUUUUGUAUAUAGGGGGGAGAAAAUUGUGUUAAAAUAUAAUUUUGAGAA